AUGAUGAACGGCGCCCUUGGGGCUAUGGUUGUGGAGAGCGACCCAUACAUGCCCCAUCCGGAGGAGUGCAGUGCUGACAGCACCCUAUCGGUGGUUGUCGUUGGAGCAUCGGGGGAUCUGGCACGGAAGAAGAUUUUCCCUGCUCUCUUUGCCCUGUUCUACGAGGGCAUGUUGGUUGAGAACUUUCAAAUUUUUGGAUAUGCCAGAAGCAAAAUGGACGAUGAAGCUUUCAGGGACACCAUCGUGGAGACCCUCACUUGCCGAAUUGAUGCUGGGGAGGAUUGUGGCAAGAAAAUGGACACCUUUUUAAGCAGAUGCUUCUACCAGCAGGGUCAGUAUGACGAUGCUACAGACUUUCAGCGGCUGGAUGCCAGGUUGUCUGUCAUGGAGGGUAGCCUGUGCUCCAACAGGAUGUUCUAUUUGUCCAUCCCACCCAAGGUGUUCAUCAGCGCCGCUGCAAAUGCUGCGGACCAGUGUGCCAGCAGGACUGGCUGGAAUCGGUGUGUGGUGGAGAAGCCCUUCGGCCAUGACAGUGCCUCAAGCCUUGAGCUGUCACAGGCCUUGGGGAAGCACCUCCAGGAAGAUCAGAUUUACAGGAUCGAUCACUAUCUGGGAAAAGAACUCAUAGAAAACCUGACGGUGCUACGAUUCUCCAACUUAAUAUUCGAGCCGCUGUGGUCUCGGAAGUACAUUCGGAAUGUGCAGGUCAUAUUCUCUGAGGACUAUGGCACAGAGGGGCGGGGCGGAUACUUUGAUGAGUACGGCAUCAUCAGAGACGUGAUCCAAAACCACCUUCUCCAGAUUGUUGCUCUUUUUGCGAUGGAACCACCGGUGAGCCUGGAAGCAGAGGACAUUCGGAACGAAAAAGUGAAAGUGCUUCGCAGCAUGAAGCCUGUGGAGAUGGAGGAUGUGAUUCUAGGGCAGUACACAAAGCGGGUCAGCAAGGCUCACACGUAUCCGGGCUACCUUGAUGAUGACACUGUGCCCCAAAACAGCAUCACUCCCACAUUUGCUGCUGUGGCGAUGUUCAUCAAUAACGCUCGAUGGGAUGGCGUUCCCUUUUUGCUGAAGGCCGGCAAGGCGCUGAACAAAAGGGGUGCUGAAAUCCGCGUCCAAUUUCGUCACGUCCCAGGCCACCUGUACCGCUCCAAGUUUGGUGCAGACCCAGAUGCUGCGACGAACGAACUCGUCAUUCGCAUCCAGCCAGAUGAGGCCAUGUACUUGAAGAUCAACAGCAAGGUGCCUGGGCUGGGGUUGAGGAUCGAAAACAGCCGCCUGGAUCUGCCCUUUCAUGAGGAACGUGACCGUGAACUACCAGAUGCGUAUGAGAGGCUGCUGUUGGACGUUGUAAACGGUGACAAGAGGCUUUUCAUUCGGAGUGAUGAGCUGGAAGCCGCAUGGGAUCUAUUCACGCCAGUCCUGCACAAGAUCGAGGAGCUGCAGGCGCAGCCCGAGUUGUACCCUUACGGCAGCAGGGGCCCUGUGGGCGCCCACUACCUCGGGGCCAAAUACAAUGUCCGAUGGGGGGACCUCUCCUACUCGGGGAAUGGCAGCAGCAAGUCUUGA